AUGGCAAGUAUUUUUGAUACAACAGAGUCGUACACAAUCUUUUGGACCGAUGAUCAGAAUUAUAGCGACAACGUGACUGACGUAGCACCAGUUCCCGGGGGUGGAGGUGGGUCUCGACCCUCUAGUCUCGUCAGCCUUGUCUGCAGCGGUGUCUUCACCGCUCUGAUCAUCAUCUUCAACACCAUCAGCCUGCUGGCAUUCGCUGUCGAAAAACGACUCCGCACCUACAACAAUUAUUUCAUCAUCAACCUCAGCAUACUUGAUCUUCUUGUCGGGUUGUCCAUGUCCGCACAAGUAGCCCAUGCUUACCACGGUCGUUAUCCCUUCUCGCAGGAUGUGUGUAAGAUCUUAACCGGGGUCGCAGGCGGGAUCGUCAACGGUUCCAACAUCAGCGUGGUCGUCAUCUGCGCUGAUCGACACCGAGCUGUCUACGAUCCCAUCAAUCAUUUCAUCUCUCGUACGAAACGAAAGGCCAUCCUCAUCAACUGCCUGCCUUGGGUGAUCGGACUCUCGUUCUGGUUGAGCUACUCCACCGUGUGGGAGUUCGUCGUCGGUCACGACAACGGUACGCAGUGCACACCGCUCUUCUCUGAGGGUCCGAUCACGUAUAUGAUCCAGAAUGUUUGCAAGUUUCAUCUGCCUUUCGUCAUCAUCGUCGUUCUCUACACCCGAAUCAUUUUUCAGAUCCGAAAGACAGUCGGUGGAAGAAGUGUGAAUAGGAAGUUUGACUCGAGGGCUGUCGCGUCCACGGAGAAGACAACGUCCAGUAUCAUCGAAGACGACACACCAAGCGCAGAUCGGUGUGACGGGGGUGAGGAUGAGACCGAAGCUGGAGUGCGGCAUUGUACCACGGUGUCUUCUCAGGACAAAAGAUUCACCACGAGUAAACAGACACCGAACGCACAGCGCCAGCGGGUGGAAUCACCUUCCGAGUCACGCAAAGCGACUCGAACCCUUACCCUCAUCAUCGUCGCCUUCGUAGUGACCUGGAUCCCUUUCAGCGUGAUCAGUUUGCUCCUGACCAUCGAUUCUCGUCUCAUCAUCCCUCGACUGCCCAUACAGCUCUACGUCUUUUUUGCUUUCUUGACGUAUGGAAACAACCUGCUCAAUCCCAUCUCCUAUGUCGUAUCUCAGCCGUUGUUUAGGGCUACCGUAGUGAGGAUCUUAUCGUGCAGGGCCUGGUAA